UAGAGGACACAAGCGGUAAUGAGUAAGCACAACUCAGCCCAAAUGAUCGGCGCUUGCGUCUUUCACAUCGCAGCAACACUACCGAAAUCAUCACUCUUCUUCCCCAAAAUUUCGACCCGGCCCGUUUUCAGUUCCCCACCCCGAUCCAGACCUGUGAUCCGAGCCGGCGUCGCCAUGACCACCACCACCUCCACCACCACAGACAUCGGCAGCGACAAGGACCGAGAAGAACUCGAAUCCGUUUUCAAGCAGAAACGGGUCGUGCGGUCCUCUGUACGUAGAACACUUAAAUCCAUGGACCCUUCUCUUCGAUCCCAAGAAGAUGAUGCGAUUCAGAAAAUUGUUGUCGAGUCUUCUUGGUUCAGGUCCUGUUGCAGACUGUGUGCUUACAUAAGCUGCAGGUCUCUAAACGAAGUUGACACUUCCCAAAUCCUGUCUGAAAUUCUGCAAAAUCGUGACGCCAAUAUAGAAGCAAGUAAAAAGCUCUAUGUCCCCCGUGUGGAGGAUAAGAACAGUAACAUGCGUAUGCUGCACAUAUCUCAGAUGGAUGAUCUCAUAGCGAACUCAAUGAACAUUCUGGAACCAGCUCCAGUCGAUGCCAAGGGAAAUGAGCGAGAAGAAGUGAUGCAAACGGAUGAGCCGAUCGAUCUGUUCAUCUUGCCAGGGCUUGCGUUUGACAGAUCUGGAAGACGCUUAGGUCGUGGAGGUGGCUAUUAUGACACAUUCUUGAGGAGAUACCACGAUCUUGCACAAGAGAAGAAGUGGAGAAAACCACUCCUUGUUGCAUUGUCAUAUUCUCCCCAGAUUCUCGAUGAGGGAACUAUUCCAAUGACUCCUAGCGAUGUUCUGAUCGACGCCCUUGUAACCCCAUCUGGUGUAGUUCCCAUCAGCCCGGCUGCUUUUGAGAGAAUGUAGUUUCAAGACCUUGAGUUUGGAGAUGAACUCCAAAUGAAUUUGUUAUCAAUCGGCAUAUGCGCAGGUUCGGUGUCUUGUUCUAGAGGAUCUGAAGUGUUGUGGAAGAGGGCAUGACAAUUUUUGGCUGCAUCCUAGAUGUUCAUCUCUGUUCUUGUUGCCCAAGUUGGUACUUUAACACACACUCACAUCUCUGGUGAUAAUUAAAGGACAAAGUUUGUUCUUGAUGAUUUUAUUCAUAAACUCCAGGCUUCAUCAAGAUCUUAUUGGACCCACAAAACACGAGAGUAUCUUUGAUCAUUCAAAUUCUCAGAACAAAAUCUUCUUCUUAAGAUUUUCUGCCAUUUAUGAAUCCUAUGUUGUAAACCUUCCUCUUGAAGUGUUUGGAGCUUUGUGUUAUACGUAUUUGUAGUAUGUGCAUGUGGUGGACCGUUUUGUUCAA